CAGAGUUGCGUCGCGACUUUGAUUCCGUCUCACUUACGGGGGAGAGAAGACCAUCACGAGAGGCUGUCUGGGAGUCACCUCCCUGUGGUGUGUCUCGCUGUUGCUCUCCUAUGGGGUGUUGAUUGGCGUACUCUGUUCGCAUUUCCAUGGGCCAAGGAUUGUUAUGGCUUUGCUGCUGAGAUCUUAUGUCAGCAGCACUGCGUCGUCGAUCCAUUGGCGGCGGUGGGCCGUAUGCGUUGUCCUGGCGAGACAAUCCGUCGUCCUUGAGGGGAGAACUGACAGGGUGAUCGAGUUGUUGAUACUGUCCGGAUGACGUUGUGUAGAAUUGACCAUCAGGUGCUCUUCUGCCAUUGUCCAAGGGGACCGUCAUAUUACCUGCUUGCCGUCCGUCCUCGCGGGUCGGGCCACCUUGACCAAAACUGUUCAUGUUUGCGGACUGCGAUGAUUGCAUAUUGCCGUCGUGCUGGCGUGGUUCAUUGACGGACAUUGUGGGUGGUCCUCCAUAGAAACUCUGCUGACUCGUGUCCGGCACCAUCCAGGUGGACGGAUCCAUGGCCUGCCAUCCGGCAUGAUACAUUGGCGGAUGAAUCAACAUGGGAGGGUGCAUCCAGAACGGGAAAGAGUGCAUCUGCGAUCCAUUGUCCGGGUGUCCGCUCGAAUAGCUCAUGGCUGCAUAUUGCAUCUGAUCGCUUGCAUUGAACGAAGUGGGUGCGCUGUGGGCGAAAGACGCCUGCUCCAGACUAUGCUGCAUGGACGCAUCGUGGAAGGAAGCAGCCGACAUUUCACUGAAGGAAGACAUGGGUUGCGCAUAAGGUGGUGGUCCUUGGUCACGUGCCCAGGCUUGCGGGUUUCCAUGCAGCGCAUUCUCAUAGUUUGGAGGCCUCGCACUGUAUCUCAGUCUUUUCUCCGGUCGGGCUUCAUCCUCGUACUGGAAUGUUUGAGGUCGUUUGAGAUGAUGUUGUCGUUGUAGUUGCAUGGGGUUGGAGUGGUCAACGGGAGCUUGGUUCGCGAAAGAUCGUGACUGAGGUGUAUGCGUGUUUUCAUCGUUGAAAGAUUGGCUGAGCCCAUCCUGUGUUUGGGCUGUGCCAUCUGCAGCAGCAUUGGGCUGCUGCUGAUCAAACGGUCUCAGCACCCUUUCCACAAUGGCACCCAAUGACAACACAGCAGCUUGGGCAAUGGAGGAUCUGGGUGAUCUUCUCAACGACCCUUGGAAGAACUUGAGAAUAUCUUGUAAGCGAUCCAUAUCUGUCUGAAUGUGAUCAAUAUCCUGCCGUAACCGGGCAAUACCCAGCAAUGAGGCGGCACAAUAAACACCAAAACAUCGCGGCCAAGGUGGAGUGGGUGAGGAAUCGAGAGCGUUGAUGUACUCGAACAGACUC